AUGAAGGGCCGUCCUGUUGAUCAACUCGUCUACGAGUGCAUGUUCCCUCGUCCCAAGAGCAACGACCCUCAGAACUUCCACGCCCUCCUCCAACGCAACCUGAUCCCCGAGGUCCGUCAGGAAACCCACGCUUUUUACGGCCAUCUCGAGACUCAGGAAGCGAAAUAUCCUGGGCUCGAUUAUACCCACCACACUCAUCGUAUUCGCCUCUCUCGCUGGCCAUGGCACCGACGACUAUUCCGCGCAUUCGACAACCUUCAACUUACUGGUGCUGAAAUCGCGGGCUUGACAAAGUGGGAGGGGACAAAAUGGGCCAAGGAGAAGUACGAGAAAGAGCAGGGAUACACUAUUCAUGACACCACUGCUGAUGGCUUCCCUGACUGGACCGAUAUCGAACACCUGCCCCGCGCCACUCGUAGCCACUCGGCUGAGGUUGGCUACGUUGGACUCGAUGACUUGGAUAACGAUAUGGACGUCGAGAGUGAGGACGAGCUGGAUAGUGUGGGCGUUGAACUUAACGAGCGCCUCAGAGAUGGAGUUGCAAGACGUGAGGCUGGCGACACUUCAGCUGUCUUGGAUGAGGAAUGGGAACAAUGGCUCAAGAACGCUAUUGAGUCGGGCGAAAUGAACUUUCUGAACGAGCACCACAUCUUCCAUGAAAGCGAUAUCCCCGCCACAACCUUCCCACCAAGCCUGCUCAGCGCCGCUCGAGCUGGCCAAUGGAAUGAGAUACCCGAAUCUCUUCACCGCAUUCUCCGCCAGACUCUACAAUCCGAGGACCCAAAUCGCCCCCAACAAACACAGCUGCCAAGCACACGUUCCCAAGCUUCUGUUCCUUCCCUGCGGAACCAUUUUAUGGACAACCGUCAGUGGCGUGCCCCGUGGACCCGCCGCACAUUUUCAGAUCUUCGGCUGCCGGUGGGCGAAUCUGGAUCAGGACGUACAGGAGCAUCGAAUGCUUGA